AGGAUGUGGUUGUCACAAUGUCCUGGCAAUGAUUUGAUAAAUAAUAUUUGUGAUGAAUGAAAUCAAGUUUCUUAACCUAGGUGUCUGUCCUCCCUAAAAAAAAGGUAGCAUCCUGGACAGGACACAGCACUGUUCUUGUGCACAGAGGCUCUUAGUAACUUUCCUCAUUUCCACCCUGCAGAAAUCCUUUGCCGUUUUUCACGGUUUCUGGUUCACAAGGAUCUUCAAGACAGCUUUGAAGAGAACUGGGUGGGGGCUGUCUUGUGUUUUCAGAUGUGAAGCCCGAGGAUGGGAGUCUUUUGACCCUGUUGCUGGUGUGGCUCACUGCUCAUUUGGGUGGCUGUAAGCCUGUUCUCUGUUGCCCUUGGCUAGGAUACUUAGUUCUUUGUUUCUAUAAAGUUGGGAUAAUUUCUGGGUGUUGCCUCUCUCCUGUCCCAUAGUGUAGGAAAAAAAAAAAAAAAAAAAGCAAGUCAACAAUCAUUGUUUUUAUGACCACUGUGCCUCUAGAGAUUUGCUUGCAACGUUUUAAACGGUCUUUUGGGUGUCUUGGUUUCAGUGUAUUUUGGUUUCCUUGAGGUGGAAAAGGUCCAAGAGCAGGCAGGCAGGUUUAGCUGUUCUGGACCAUUCCUUUGGAGCAGGUGGCCAGGGAAGGGCUGCCAUGGGUGGAGUAUGUCUGUGGUCAAGUUGGUGCCUUCCGAUAAUGCCAGUAGUCAGCAUUCAAAGCGCAGUGUGAAAACAGAAACAUAAGGACUAUGAGUCCCUUUUGAAAAACUGUUGGCCUGUGCCCAGCAUCCCUGUGCUGGAUCCCUGUGCUGACUGGUCAGGGACGGUGCAGUAUUCCUGUUUACCUGUAGAGAUAACCUGUCACCUAGUGCAGCCCUGGAUGGACUGUGCACUUGAACUUAGGUUAUGCAAUACACUACAUACACUACAGUGCAGCUAGUUAGUUCCCUUCCUGAUGGUCACUGCAGCUUUUCCUCUCAGGAGGCAGCCUCGAGGGCCUGGGAGCAGCAGAGCUGCGUCUGUGUGUUACAGAUUUGGGACACAGCUGGCCAGGAGCGGUUCCGGACCAUCACCCAGAGCUACUACCGAAGUGCCAAUGGGGCUAUCCUCGCGUACGACAUCAGCAAGAGGAGCACCUUCUUGUCAGUGCCUCACUGGAUCGAGGAUGUGAGGAAGUACGCGGGUUCCAACAUCGUGCAGCUGCUGAUUGGGAACAAGUCAGACCUUGCCGAUUUCCGGGAAGUCCCGUUGGCGGAGGCGCAGAGCCUGGCUGAGCACUAUGACAUCCUCUGUGCCAUCGAGACCUCCGCAAAGGACUCCAGCAAUGUGGAGGAGGCCUUCACCAGAGUGGCCACGGAGCUCAUCAUGAGGCACGGAGGUCCCAUGUUCAGUGAGAAGAACACGGACCACAUCCAGCUGGACAGCAAGGACAUUGUGGAAAGCUGGGGCUGUGGGUGCUGACCUCCCCUCCUCCUCUGUCUCCAGCCUGUCAAGCCCCACCCUUCAGAGUCAGCCCUCCCGGGCACUGGCUUCUCUAGAGGGAUUCUGCACCCCUGGCCUGGAUGCUGCGUAGGAAGGGAGAUGCUACGCAGGGUAUCCUGUGUAGAAGGCUAUCGGUCCAAGGCAGGAUGUGGACCAUCCCACCAGCCAGCACCUGCUCCCUCCAUGUUCUUCACAUUCCAGGACUAGCCUGAGCCUCCAGCAUAGACUGCGGUGGGAAAUGGGCUGGCUGUGCUGCCCAGCCACCUCGUGCUGGUGUUGACCUUCUCCUGCCUUGACUGCUGCAGACGUGCAGCGGGUUGCUGCUCUCCAGGGAUGUGGCUGGUACCCCAGGUUCUUCCAGGUCAUUCUCCUGCCUCUUACCAAAGUGUAAAAAGCACAUCAAUUAGAUCCACAGACUGGUGCCGAGCCUUGUCCCGGGAAGGCCUGAGCCCAUCAGGUGGGAUCAGCAUCUGUCCUCACUGCCAGCUUGGAGCUCCAAGCUCCCUGGGCCUGGCUCGUUGCCUUACCAAGACCUCUCAGAUGUUUUCUUUUCCAUGUAGCAUCCCAUUUUCACUGACCCAGUUGUAGAGUCAUGGUCAGGGGCCAACUGGGAACUGUCUCUGGGCUUAAGGCCCAAAAUGUUGCCAGUCAGGUUGCAAAAGCAGCUAAUCUUUCAGUGUGGUUGAGGGGUGAGAUAGGAAAGUGGAGGUUUAAGAAAAAAGGAGCAGCUUUCGAGAGGCAGCUCGUGGGUAGAACACAUGCUUAGCACACGCCAGGCCCCAAGUUCAGUCCUCAGCACCAAAAACAACAGAACAGCAGCUUCUGGGGUGUCCCUGAGGUUGAGGGCCCUAUGGAAGCCAGCCUUGACCCGUGUGGAGAAGCCAUCCCUGCGACUGUCCAGAGCUUCUAGUUCCCUGUGGUCCUGGUCUGGCUUACAGUUUCAAAGCAAAAAAGACGAGUGCCCACUGGCCUGAGACCUGCCUGCCUUAACGGGUGCUUCCUGCUGGGGUCAGAAGGAGUUGUUCCCUGCAUCUUCCUCCUGCUGACAUCCUACCCUUGCCUCCCACCUCAAGCAUUCUGAUCUGUCAGCACCUUUCCUAGGGAGAUCUAGCCACAGGGCGCUUUGCAACAGCCACAUGGCAGCCCAGGGAGACAGAACUGUGGUGAACUAGAUAAACAGGGCUAGACUCACUGGGGUCCCCUUCAGGUAGGAGGCAGCCUGUGCACUAGCUGAGCCUGGCACUAAUGGCAUGGAAUCAGGGUCUGCUCUGAGUGCUCUCAGGUGGGGAUCACUGUGGCUGGACUCGGUUAGAGCUGCAUGGCUCUAAGGGCUGGGGACCAUGAAGCCCGUAAGGCUUUCUUAACCCGUAAGUCAUGAUCCUUUUGGGGGCAUGGCAGUGACCUUUUCACAGGGGUCACCUAUCAGGAAACAGCUGACUGUCUUCCUUUCCUGGNCCCGAUGCAGUUGAGAGGGUCCUGCUUGCUGGUUUCAGUUGGCUCAAACUCUUAUCAGGGAGAGCUGGUUCCUUCCCUGACCCCGCCCCUGCAGAGCCUGACUCCACCCACGGGUGGGUACUACCCAAUACUGAGCCUGCCCUUUGUACUACACAUGGUCUUCAGAGCCAUCUGGCAUCUGUGAUUCCAUGAGUAGAUCCUGUGGGGUUGACGUCUCCAGAGCCAUUCAGGAAGGCAGCCUUUCAUGGCCCUGCUGGGUGGUGGGGAGUUUGCCAGGUUUUUGGUUCAGGUGUUCAAAUGGAAGUCCCAUCUUUAGGAUGUGUCUGUCUCUCUGAGUUUAGAUACUGACCCUGCCAUAGCUACCUACUACUACCCAGCAAGCCUUGCUCUUUAGUGAUACCAGUGCUGAGCCCAGCAGGACAUUAGGGUUCCAAUGUACUUAGGGCUUAGAUGAGGGAGGUCAGAGGCCUUUUGCCCUAAACAGAGCUCUACCCUUUCCUUCACAAGAUGGCANCUGACUGGUGAUGGGGCUCACUUGCCACCCUGGGCCAUGAGCCUCCAAAGACUGGAAGCCAUGAAGCCAAUAAGGCGGUGUUUCUUAACCUGUGGGUCUCAACCUCUUUAGUGAGCUCAAAGGACUCUAUCACAGUUUGCCUACCAGAAAACACAGAUACAUUACNAUUCAUAAUUAGCAAAAUUACAGCUCAGUAGGUACGGAAAUAACUUUGUGGUUGGCGCUUACCACACCAUGAGGGCUGUAUUAAAGUGGUGGCAUUAGGACAGUUGAGGANUGCCAGAAGGCCCUAACCUGGAGUGGAACAGAACUCAGUCAGCCCUGCUUGGCCAGGUAGCUUCUUCACUGNUGGCCCCUUGGCUCACCCAGCAACCAGGAAGAUUAUUUCUUUCUUCAUUCACAGGAAGAUAACCUCACUUCCCUUUCACAAUCCCUGGGUGCCCUGUGCCCUUAUGUAGGAGCAGUCCUGCCCUAAGAGUUUAGCACAAACACCAGUCUCCUUGAGCCCUGCACUCCCCCAACCCUGCCCUGUAACCACCCUACUGUCUCACUUUCCAGGUUCCAGUUUCACUGCCAGGUGCAGGUCUGGAAGGCCAGGCCCAGGGCCCUCAGCCAGUGGGGAUAACCAUGGUCUCCACAGCCUGCCCAUCUCUCUGCUCACUGUCAUGUCUGUGGCCAACAUGACCCCUAUCCCAGGUCUCUCAGCCAACCUGCCUUCUUACAGCACGGAAUCCCACAAGUGACCCAAAGCACACAUCUUUGAGGGGAGAUGGGCCCUCCCCAGCCACAGGCCCUAUCCCCAGCAUCCUAGCAAGGAUGAAUUCUUCCCUUGACCCCCAAUUCUGUGGCCUGAGAGGGCCCUGAGUCCUGGACUGAAGNUGGCUUCUAUGGAGAAGCUGCAACCGUCCCUUCUAACAGUAGUGCCAAGGCUCAGGCCCUCUGCUGAGGCACCUGCCCCACCAAAGUGCUCAGAGCGACCUUUGGGCCUUUGUCAGAAGGUGCCCAGGGCUUGAGGACCAGAACACAAGCAAUGCUCGUCUAGAAACAAAACCAGCUGCUUCCCUUCCCCUGGGCAGGCUUGGCUGCCUGCCAACNGCCGCCUAGGGCCUCUGGGGCAAUAGAAGUUUAAUCUCUUCCCUUGUUUGAAGAGUUACUGAACAGCAAGAACAGGUGGAGGCUGUUGCUGUUGGGGAGGAAGUACCCACAGAAGGGCUGGUAGGGCCAGGGUGGUAGCAGCAGGAGUGAGGUCCUGUCCACUAAAGGUACUAGGGGAGGGGCUUCAUGUCUCUUUGGGUGGAAGUCUGUCCCCAAGGACACAGGCCCCAACUGGAGGGGAUCUACCUGAAACCCCUGGUUCACACUGAACGGGUUACCCUGUCCCAGGAUACUGCCAGCAGUGGGCCUCUAGCCAAACUCCCCCCUGCAGGGCUUGGGCAGGGGCAGACUUGCCAGCCCAAGGGUGCCAGGCACAUUGGGGAGAUUUUCCACAUUACCUAUUUAUGAAGAUGUAAGUCUUUCUAUCAAAUCUAUUUUUGAAACAUGAAAAGUUGCCUUCCUGGAUAUGUCAGAGCCAGUGUACAGUUCAACCAUUAAACAUUUCUGUAUUCACUCUG